UUGCAUCAAAAGCUUCUUCUUAGGGCGUAUAAAGGAGAAGAAACAAAGCCGUACAAAGAGGGCUCUUCCUGGGCACAAACAAAAACCACCAUUUUCGUUUUAUCUGAAUCUUCGUCUCUCUCGAAAGAUCUAACCACAACUCCUCCUUAAGAUGGAUAAGUAUCAACGAGUGGUGAAGCCGAAAGCGGAUACGCCGAUUGAUGCGAACGAGAUUCGUAUCACUAGUCAGGGCAGGGCACGAAACUACAUCACCUAUGCGAUGACUCUUCUUCAGGAGAAAGGGUCAACUGAAGUUGUUUUCAAGGCAAUGGGAAGAGCUAUCAAUAAGACUGUGACCAUUGUAGAGCUGAUUAAGAGAAGGAUUCCUGAUCUUCAUCAGAACACAUCUAUUGGAUCCACAGACAUAACAGACACAUGGGAACCAACAGAGGAAGGCCUUCUACCUUUGGAGACUACAAGGCAUGUGUCAAUGAUAACCAUUAUCCUAUCCAAGAUUGAGCUUAAUACCUCCUCUGUUGGGUACCAGUGCCCAAUUCCUAUUGAGAUGGUGAAGCCAAUGGGCGAUAUCGAUUAUGAAGGGCGAGAGGGUUCACCUGGUGGCAGAGGGAGGGGAAGAGGAAGAGGAAGGGGAAGAGGAAGGGGGCGAGGCGGCAGAGGAAAUGCUUAUGUGAACGUUGAGCAUGAAGAUGGAGGUUGGGAACGUGACCAGUCCUAUGGUAGAGGAAGAGGACGUGGCAGAGGACGCAGCAGUCGUGGUCGUGGAAGAGGAGGAUACAAUGGUCCUCCAAAUGAGUAUGAUGCACCGCAAGAUGGAGGUUAUGGUUACGAUGCUCCUCCUCAUGAACACCGUGGAUAUGAUGACCGUGGUGGUUACGAUGCCCCUCCUCAGGGCCGCGGCGGUUAUGAUGGUCCCACUCAGGGCCGCGGCGGUUAUGAUGGUCCUCCUCAGGGCCGCGGCGGUUAUGAUGGUCCUCCUCAGGGCCGCGGCGGUUAUGAUGGUCCUCCUCAGGGCCGCGGCGGUUAUGAUGGUCCUCCUCAGGGCCGCGGCGGUUAUGAUGGUCCUCCUCAAGGCCGUGGGCGUGGACGCGGACGCGGAAGGGGAGGUCGUGGAAGAGGAGGAGGUCGUGGUGGUGGUGGAGGAUUCAACAACAGAUCAGAUGGACCACCAAUCCAGGCAGCUGCUUGAGAGUGAGGUUUCUUUUACACAAACAUAAAAAGAAAAAAGCCCAAGUCGUUGGAUGUUUUUUUUUUCUAUCUCCUUGUUCCCUCUCUUUCUUUCUAUGUUUGCUUCUUCUGUCCAUCAAGAAGACAUGUUUGCCAUAAGUGUAUCUCUUUCCCUUUUCUUUAUCCAUUGAUUCACAGUUUGUUGUCUGUUUUGUUUAGAGUCGCUUAGGGUAUAAUAUAUGUUCAAUUUAUUUAUGGUUGGGUUUUUGUUAGAGAAGAACUAGUGAGGCAUCCUCUUUCCUUUCUUUUUCCUUUCUGUUUUGUAGUUUUGUUUAGAGGUGAGAGUGAGACACAGUUUGGACAAAUUAACUCUUUUCUUCUUUGGUUAUCAGUUUUAAUGUGAUGGAACAGUUGAUUCUUUUA